UUGCAAUCUGACCUGCGGACGUUUCAGUCUGAUUUUUUUGGGGGGUAAAUCAAGUGGAGUGAAGGGGAGGGGGAAAAUAUUUAAACAUCAAACAGAAAGUGUUCCUGCAAGGCAAUAAAACCCACACGAGCGACAUGGAGAAGCAGUUGCAUCUAAAUCGGUUAUCUUCCAGACCUCCCGUGUCUGGAGGAGGUUUUCAGUCAGGGUCUAAAAUGAGAAUGGGGCCUGGAAGGAAGAGAGACUUUUCGCCUGUUCCCUGGAGCCAGUAUUUCGAGUCGAUGGAAGAUGUGGAAGUUGAGGAUGAAUCCAGCAAAGAUACUUUUAGAAUUUACAGAAGUGGUUCAGAAGGCCCUGUUGUUCUUCUGUUGCACGGGGGAGGUCAUUCAGCCCUUUCAUGGGCAGUGUUCAGUGCUGUGAUUUUUAACCGGAUCCACUGCAGGGUUGUGGCCGUGGACCUCAGGGGACACGGUGACACGAAAGUUAAAAAUUCUGAAGACCUUUCUGCAGAAACUAUGGCUAAGGAUGUUGGAAAGGUGGUUGAAGCUCUUUAUGGUGAAAAUCCUCCGCCCAUUAUGUUGAUUGGUCACAGUAUGGGCGGGGCAAUAGCAGUUCACACAGCAGCAGCCAAUCAUGUUCCGUCUUUGCUGGGCCUUUGUGUAAUCGACGUGGUGGAAGGUACCGCAAUGGAUGCUUUAAACAGCAUGCAGAAUUUCUUGCGGAGUCGACCGAAAACUUUCAAAUCCCUUGAGAAUGCCAUCGAAUGGAGUGUGAAGAGUGGGCAGAUCCGGAACGUCGAGUCUGCACGCGUCUCGAUGGUCGGCCAAGUCAAAAAGUGUGAGGACCCCCUGGACAGUCCUGGUGGCUCCAAGAGCAUUGUUGAAGGGAUCAUUGAGGAGGAGGAGGAAGAGGAGGAGGAGGAAGGAGAGUCCAACCACAAAAGAAAGAAGGAAGACGAUCUUGAGGCAAAAAAGGAGUGCCUGUACACUUGGAGGAUUGAGCUGGCCAAGACGGAGAAGUAUUGGGACGGCUGGUUCAGGGGGCUGUCCAGUCUCUUCCUCAGCUGCUCUGUUCCCAAGCUGCUCCUGCUGGCAGGUGUUGACAGGUUGGAUAAAGAUCUUACAAUUGGACAAAUGCAAGGGAAAUUCCAGAUGCAGGUCCUUCCUCAGUGCGGCCAUGCUGUGCAUGAGGAUGCCCCUGAAAAAGUAGCUGAAGCUUUGGCAACAUUUAUGGUUCGUCAUAAGUUCACAGAUGCGAAAGGGGGUUUCCAGUGUGUGUUUCCAGCUUGCUAAUACACUUCAGUCCUCGAUUACUCUGUAAAUAAGCACCAGGGGUCACUGUGAUGUCCUCCAUCAGCCUAGUCUCCAUUCAACAAUAUCAACAAUACAGCAACCUACAAAAGGCAAUCAUCUGAUGCUCUUACUGAGAUGGGCAAACAAAAAGUGCUGGUCUUUAAGCUGAAAAAUUGCUUAGCUCUUAAAAUAUGGGGUUUUUGUAUUGAUUUAUUAUUACUGCUGUAAUUAUUACAGAGUAAAACAGUACAUUCUGUUUCUUUUACCUUCUUCAAGGUCAUGCCUUUUCAAGAUUGCAGGGAAUUUUGAUUUAUACCUAUUUAUUUUUCUUUCCUUUUUAUUUCUGUGAUACCUUGCCUGUUCUUGUUCUGGAGUCUUGAGUGAUGACAGUACGAUAUAUGCCCAACGUGUCUCUCAUGGUUGGUUUUUAAGAAGAAGAGUAAUAAAAAAAAAAUCGGCAAAUGCA